AUACGAUAGAUCUUUUUAAAAUGCAAUUUGCUGAUGUAGACCACGUCCAAAAGUCGGUUUUCAACGAACGAUCAGAAAUUACUAACUUAAGAGUUCUGCCAAUUUUAUUAUCUUCUUCCCAUUUCAGUUUAUUCAGUUAAAAUUUGAUCCCACGAGUGCCAUGUGUAGACCUUCUGAACUGAAGUGUUCUUAAUCGAUUAGGUACAUUGUUGUUAUAGUGUAGUGACCAGCACGGUUAAGUUUCAUUUAAAAAAGUGACCAAUAAUGGGGAAAAAGCUCAUACAUGAAAGAUCGACAGUUGACAAUGGAGAAAUCGAGCAUUUUAAAACCCUAAACCAGCGUUGGUGGUCAGGAAAGUCAAAGUUGCAGUCUUUCAAUGACGUUCGCGUACCAUACAUCUUUAAUGCCCUGCUCUUGACCGAAAACAUAAAAUCUGUGGAAAAUUUGAAAAUUCUCGAUGUGGGUUGUGGUGGCGGUCUUCUUUCGGAGGAGUUGGCCAAGCUUGGCGCAAUAGUGGACGCAAUUGACCCAGGAUCCGAUUCGGUCGAAGUUGCUAGGCACCAUGCCUCACUCAAUCCGACUUUAGUCAAUCUGACUUACAUUGUGACGACGAUUGAAGAACACGCGAUUGAAAAUGCCGAAAAAUAUGACGUCGUUAUCGCUUCGGAGGUCGUGGAACAUGUGACAGAGAAGGAAAUGUUCUUGGAGGCUUGCAUAAAGUGCCUUAAACCAAAUGGUUCUCUGUUCAUUACGACCUUUAAUAAAACGAUUCGUUCGUGGAUAAUGGGAAUCGUGCUUAUACAGGAAGUGUUAAAUAUAAUACCACGAGGUACUCACGCGUGGAAUAAAUUUAUCUCUCCUGAUGCAAUAAGAAAGAUACUUGAGAUACAUAACUGCAAAACAGUAGACGUUCAAGGCAUUCGUUUUAACUUUUUAUCAAGAUCUUGGUCUCAGUCGUCGAGUACAUCAAUUAAUUACGCUUUGCACGCGAAGAAGAUCUUGUAAUUACAUUUUUAAACUUGUGCAUCUAUCCGGAGUGUUCAGUGAGUGAUGG